AUGGCCUUUCAGAAUGAACCUUCCAACUCUCUCACCCAGAUUGCGGCAGAUCGUCUCCGACGCUUUGCAGCCCCUCGUUCAGAGCGCAGCUCACAGACGACCGUCGAAAAAUGUGAAUGGAUUAAGUCACCUUCUCUCGGAAUAUACCUGGGAUCUUUCGAGCAACCGGCAACGGAAGCGCAAACCAAGUUUUUCGCCGACAAUGAUACGGUCAUUCUUGAUCCUCUACAACCCAAUAUCAGUGCUACAUUGAAGGCCACUUGUGGGAUGUCCGGUGCUCCUACCCGCAUGAUUGGUAGAAUUGAUUUGGCAGUGCUGCUCGGAAAUCCUGUGCACGAACGCAUGUCGGAAUCAUCUCUCAUCUCAAGUCUCGACAAAAUUAUGAGUACUGCUUCAACCCACUUCCAGGGUGUAGAUGGUGGCAUUGACAGUAGUGGGUUCAACGGCAUACUCUUAGCGGGUUGGGAAAUAUUUCCGAUACCAGUCUUGAAUCUACUGAAUGCGGUGCUCACCACAAAUGGGCUAGAAGUUUAUCUUGAGACAGGUGGGCCCGACUUCUUGAAGACUCCAAACGUCUUGACGGCAGAUUCUAUUGCCGGACUGGUGAUAAGAAAUGCUCUCAUGCAUCCAAACGGAGAUAGGCGAGACUGCUUUGAUAUGGAGAGUCUUCGACCGACAGUGAAGUCAUUCAUCUCUCAAGCUUGCCUGAGAAACUUCGCAGUCCUGGUUUGGGAAACAUUGGAUAGCGACGCAGUGCCGUCAAUUGCAGCGCUGAAACGAACUCAUACCUGGUGUAACUUUUAUAGUGUUGUGCCCUGGAUUGGGUCAAACAAUGCGCUUUUUGACCUCUCAAUCAAAAGCUCAACAGUCCAACCACUGAGCGCAUUUGAUUGGCUGAAAGAGCGUCAUGUUUUGGAACUCCACGAUCUUUGGAGAAACAACCGAGCUUCACAGGCCCAAUAUUCAAAUCAAAGUCAGACAGCUUGUCAGUUUGUGGCCACACUUCUACCAUGCCUUCAAGUCGCUCAAGGAACUUCUGGCUGCGCACACGACAAUUCAGCCAGUAUUUCGUUGUCGCCAGUUCCACCCUCCGAAUUCGAUGACUGGUUUGUUCUGAAAGAUGGAGCUCAAGGUGAUCCGAUUUGUUUUUCACCCAAUGGAAUGAGCUACGAAGGCAUGGGCUGUUUCCCUCUCGGCGUCGACGUUACGAUUGAAGACUUUCAGGAUGUCUGCUGGUCUCAGCGAAAUCUAAAAAAGCUCGACUUGCUUGAUUCUCUUCCCACUGCUACUCUGCAAUCAUACGGUGCUGUCUUCGACCGUUUUAUCACAGAAUUUGACAGCUCUGUGAGUUCUCAACAUGCCAGCUUGCUGUACGGUCAAGACGAUAUUCGGGAACUGUCUAAGCUUUUGUCCCAAACAUCUGAAGAAUGUAUCGAAGGUAUCCGGAUCUUCGUUGGUCUUCACUCGGGCUUUCAAAAAAGGCCGCGACAGCAAUUUUGGGCUGUUUACAAUGUCCACAACUCCAUUACAGACAUAUUCCUUUCAAAGGACGCACAGGACGUGAUGGGCACCAUUCUCCAUACUUUUCUCUCCUGCCGAGGCCUCACUCGGCGCCAAUGCUUUACCGCAGAGUUCCUAUUUGCUCGCUGGAACGAUACACUUGUUGUACCCAAUGGCAUUUUGAGGAGGACUAUCCAAGAUCUUAGUAGACUAACGCCAGAAGAGUGCAUGGUCCUUUUACAGCAGAUCACUUUCUCCGAGACAGAAGACGAUUCAUUCCUCGCCGGUGUGAAGUCAACUCUUGCGCAGCAACUGAUCGACAAACCGUCAAUGCACCAGCUCAAAGAACUUGGUACAGCUGCCUAUCUCAAUGGUAGUGUUACCAGGGAAGAUCUUGUUGCUGCCCGACUACGCUGGCACUGUCAACGGAAUCAGCCUCAUCCGAACUUAUCUGCCGCAGUGGAUUUAUUCUCCGAGGUUGAAGCGACCGUUAUCCGCGUUCUCCGGGAUCGGAAUCGCGACGUGCUUCAAAGUUUGACGGACGCCUUGGACGGCUUCCUUGGCGAAUCUAUCACCGCCAUAGACGCCACAGCCGAUACAUUUACUUUGUCACUAUUUUGCACCAUGCAAAAGCUAGCAUUUGAAGAAGUCUACAUGGAAGUGACAGACCGAAAUCCUCUCUUUAACGACCAACCCGACCAAGCAGCUGCCUUUGCAGAACUAUUUGCACUAGGAUCCCGUUGCGAGUCAUACUUUGAUAUGACCCCGAGUCAGUUUGGGGAGCUUUUAUCAAAGAGAUAUCACGACCACUACAGUGUCAAGCAGCCCCCGCCGUUUAAAGAAAGCAAAUUUGCUCUCAGCUCAGCAUUUGCAGAAGCACAAAUCGACGUUGAUCCCAAUUUUACAGGGCAUGAGAUGCCAUCCUAUCAGCGCUUUACUUUCUUGAGCGUGUUUGCUAUCCCCGCCUUGAUCGAUAUCCUUAUGCUUACAACAACGGGCCAUGGACUUUACCUCAGUUCCUAUAUGACUGAGCAAGAACAACACAGUGCGACGGUCGCGCUGAUGCUCUCACUUCUUCUCUCUGGAGCUAUUGGAACUUGGAUCACCUGCGGCGGAACAUACUACUUGGCAUCUAUGGCCUUCUCUGCGAUGAACCUUUUUGUGAUUACCCGCCUCCUUGGUGGAUUUGCUUUUACACUUAUUGUUGGGUUUGUCGGGUUCGUUGCGUUCACUUGUAUGACCGGCGUUCGAGCAGGCAUCGUUUUCUUUCUCUACUUAAUAGCCCUUACGACAUACCUUUGCCUGCUCGCUGCCCUUGCAAAUUUCCAAUUUUCUGGAUCCACUUUCCAAUCUGGUCGAACAGUUAUAAUAAUGUGCAUACCAGUUCUCUUCAUCUCACCGAUAACGACAAUCUUUCUGCCGCUUCACGAUAUCGACAUCUAUCUUCCGGUUCUCUAUCUUUUCAUUUCUUUAUUGAUUUUGGGAGUGCGACGCAUUGGAUCACGCUGGACAACUUGGUACCAAAAGAUAUUCCCCCUGGAUGACUCGACCCUAAAAGAAUGGUAUUUGGACAAAAUCUCUAGCAGUACCAGGGAUGAGCUUGAGAAAAUGUCCGAGCCAGCAAUCCUGAAGCUUGCACGCCAAGCACUUUUCCAUGAUGUCGCCUUGGAAAACCGAAAGUGGUUUCUCUCACACCAGACAAAGGAUCCUUUGGUGGUACAACUGGCCAAGUCAUUUAAAGCCACCGACUUCUUGAUGGACUGGUAUUGUCGAUACUCAAGUGUUCCCAAACCUAUUCCAUUCAGCUCUGCCUGGAAUGUUCAAACGAAGGUCGCCCUAGAUUCUUUGCAGAAGUCACAACUUGGGAUUCGAUUCCACAAUGGAUUUAUCCACUGGCGGCAAGCCGGGGACGAGAUUGGAUGUACAGUCCUCUAUUUCGUUAUUGCCCUCUUGGAUAAAUGGGUCUCACUCAUUAACGGCGCCGCACUUACUGGUUAUCUGUCAUCGGACAGCAACUUGAGGAUGCCGAUUGGAUUCGGUCUGGCGUAUUACCUGAUUGGUGCUGUUCUACUUGACUUCAAUGCACACAAACUGCACGAGUUAGCCAGUCAAGGAAAAGAAGAAGUCGUGCCGAUCGACGAUGAUAUUCCUGGAGCUGUGAGAGCCAAAUUCCAGUCUCGAAAAACCUUGUACUGGACCACUCUCUACAAAUAUCUGCUGUGGCAUGUGUGGGGCUUGGCUGUGACGGCGACUCUUCUCUGGCUGUUUUCGGGUACCAAGCAGGCCACCAUCGUAUUUCUCAGCUACGUGGGGGCAUACACCGGUCUUCUGUGGUACCAAUACACAAAAGUAUUCUCCGGACCACAUGCUCUGAAACCUCUCUUGGUGGGUGUGUCUUUCGGCCUUCCACUAGGGUUCAUCCUUCAUCACGAGCUACCGAAUUUCCUAUACGCUGAAAUUAUUGCUCUCGCGGCGGCUACUUGGACCGUUGCAAUCCUAUCUUUGUGGGCAGGCAAAAUAGCCGGAACUCCGGUUGAGACCCCAUUGGGCCACAUCGAUGGUGCAUUCCAUGCGUACUCCGCCCCAGGCGCAGAUCAAGCGUGGUCACAGCCCGAACUUCAAUCACUCCACGACAAGCUGACUGGCUUGGCCAAAGGAGAACGCUUUCCGGUCGAUCCAGAAUCGGACUUUGGCAAAAAAGUGAAGCUCAGAUUGAGGGAGUGGAGAUACAUCGAGCUUCCUGAACUUGCAGCUCAAGCAUUCCCAGAAGCUGAAAAGCUGCUUGAGCUGAGUGAAAAGCUAUUCAAGGAAGGAUCCGUCACCGUUGAGCUAGUCUCAGUGGAACAUUUGAUAAAAUAUGACCGAACCAUGAGGGCGGUUAGUUCCCAGAUCAAUCAAAAAAUCCGUCUUUUUGUCGGUUGCGAAACCAAGAGCGUGCCCCGGAAUGAUGAUCCACUUCCACAAUUUCAUCAAGAUGUGGCUGAACUUCUCAUGCAAGUCGUUGCAGAACGUUUUCUUGGCUUCAGCACACGCGACGCAGUCCUUGCCCAGAGCAUGUGGGCGAGUACCAGCGCCUGGGGUGAAUCCGCCAACUCUAGCCUUCUAGAGCGCCAACUGCGGACCUGCACGAAGGCAGGUGAUGCCUCCAGCCUCAUCUCUCACCUGCGCAAGCAGCUUCUGAGAGACCUUUGUCUUGGGUUGAACUGCGAUACCGAAUGGGAGGGACUUCCGGAAGACCUCAGGAAAUAUCUAAUCAACCGUUGUCUUGGUCAUUCUGCCGCUCCCAACGACGACCAGAUCCAGUUUCUGAGCAGCAAACUGAAUAUGUCGUGCGGCCUCGAGUUCGACACAUUCAUCGCGCGUUCCAAUUAUGCAGCCCUCACUGGUGCUAUUACUAUCAGUCGCGCGAGUGCUUGGCUUAGCGGUGACAAGUCCCAGAGAUCACAUUUGCAUCUUAACCCAGUCAACACGAUGUCUAUCCUCAAUCUGUUUGCCCGCACUGCGCCAAUUACACCGCCAUCAUUUUCUGACAGAGUUCACAAAUAUUGUGGCUUCAUCUGGCAUCAAAUUGGCGUCGGAUGUAAGUUCUUUUCUGUCGCCUUCGUCGCAGAUCCCGAGUACCAGAGAGAGGUGAAAUGCACUUUCUCUCGUGGCCCCCAUGUGACCCAGUCUAUGACGAGAUUUUUCUUCACAGGCAUCUGGAUGUGGUCUAAGGCCAUUCAAGAGUUGUUCCUACCUACAUUCCUUUUCCACAAUCGCAAACCUGUCGUCAACCUCUGGAAAAAUGUCCAAGGAAUUGAAGUCUCCUUGAAGCGUCGUCACAUCACGAUCCGAAACCUGGAUGGGAAUUUCACAGCAUUCAUCCACCCUGUAGAUGAAGGCACAUUCAAGCUUCUUCAAUAUCGUGGAGACCACCAGUCGGAGCCGGAAUCCAAGGAUGAGCUCUGUUCUAUCAACAUGUACUCCCACGGCCUAGCCCUUCUGCGUCGUGUUGAAAUGAACAACGGGUCUACCAUUAAUGACUAUGUCUACGAAUACCGCCACCCGGAUCCACGUGAACGAAAAAGACUCUCAAAGACCGACAUAUUGGCUUGCCCAAUUACGAGAAAGGGGAUCGCUGGCCAGCAUAAUUCUCAAGCCGUGAAUUACAACUCGAAAGGCCAAAUUGAUUCUGGUUCCUGGAUCAAAGACGGCAAUCUCAUCCGCUUCCAGUACCAUUACCAAAAGACCGGCAAAGUCCAGGCUGCUCUACUGCGGGCUGAGUUCGUUCUCCCACACAUGAGCUGUACAGUCUCUUGGUGUGCUGCACCACGAUCUCAUCCCGAGAGACUCGAUACCUGGAUCCCUCAUUCUCAAGUCACAGAAGCUACAUUUGUGUGGGGCGAAGACGUCUGGGAGAACAAGUACCUGUAUGAUCACAAGUUCCAUCCGACAAUUUCAACGACCUUGAAUGGUCGGACAGUCGACACUCCCCCAUUCAUUUUAUACGAUCAUCUUGCCAUUUUGAAAAAGCCCGAUCACGUCUCAAUCUUAGACGACAACCCACUCUUCUCAUUUGCCUCGGUCAAAUCAAACGCCAUCACUCGCUGGCUGGGCCUCGCAAGCCGCAAAUAUCCUGUGUCCGCCUCCCAGGCACGAUCACGUCUCUGGAAGGCUUGGAAAGAAGACCCUGGUUUUGACGGUAUUGUCGUUCGUUGGCUCGACGAGCGUUUACUUCGUCGAGACCCAAUCCUUCGCCCCUACUGGAGAAAGCGGGAUACCGGCGCGUUAGAUGAGGCUGAAGCGUACCUUGACCAAAAUAGGGACGCUGUGAUGGCCAGUGUUGAUCUCGAUAACAUGAUUUCAAGCUGGACGCCACUUGCCAUGAAGAUCAACGAUCUAUACAGCUUUGGCCAGGGUGGUGAUGCGUGUAGCAGGACGAGAUCAAAUGCUGCUUCGCAAGAGGAUGACGAGGAUGAAGCUGCAUUGCAUGUCAUUGCGGUCGAUACCGGCACGUGGCCAAACGAGGGCGGCGGCGUGUCUGCGUGUCGAAGCGACGUGAUCAAUAAUCUUCGAACGAUCAAAUGGCAUAUGGUCGCCGAAGCAGCCAACGACUUUGGCAUCCCAAAACGGCAGAUUGAGCGCAAUGUCCACUCUCUAAAAAUCAUCCCGCUUUGGGGGCUUGAUUUGAUGACGCCAACUCACGGACUCUUCGCGAAUCGACUGGACUCCGAGGUCGACCAUAAUACCACGCAUGCGACGUUGCUCGAUAUUGAACGCACUUUCGUUCCUAUUUUGGCAGCCAUGAUUUCCGGCGCUAGAGCCCUGGACCUGUCUAUCCGUGAUGUGCAACAAGUCACUCGGGCUUUGGUGAACCUGAAUGCCUACUUCAAGGACUCUCGACACAACUGGAGCGCAGUAUGGAGAAGCGAUGUUGUCAAGAGUGCGUGGAGACGGCUCUGGCUUUCCAAGGCAACCUCAACAUCAAAUGCGGUUCCAUCUUCCCAGUGGCUGAAAGUGGAACUGCCAACAAUAGGACAGUUGGAUCAAGGCCUCGAGCUGUGGUCUCGGUACCUCUUUAUCUUCUCGAUCCCAGUCCCAGACAAGAUGCCAGCCGUCUUUCAGGCGUCGCACCACAGCGUGAGCGCCUCCUACGGGAUCGUUUGCAAGGUCAAGCGGGGCUGUAUCUUGCAAAUUUGGGAUCACGCAAUCUCCUGGAGGGAGACAAAUCUCUACAUGUCUUCGGCACUGUGUGCUUUAUCACCGUUCGUCAGAAACUCUCUCCUGGGGUUAAUGAGAGUGACUUCUGUUCUUACCUUGCACCACGCCGACACGAUCCUUCCAUGUGCUGACUUCUUCAAUCCGAAUUGGGAGGUAGAGAUUGGCACAUGCCAGGGUAAGAUCGAGCAUCGCUCGGCAUUCCGGCGUAAGAUUGAUCCAGUCGUGAAUGGUAUCACGCACAUGGAGCUAUUUACUCCCGUCCAAGAACUCCAAACGAAGACUCCGACGGUGACGAUGUUGUCGCAUGUAUGGUAUUUUUUCAGGUAUGCAAAAGAUAUCAAAACCGCUCUGUUGGCAGCAGACAUCAUUGUCAAUCAAUGGGGUUUCAAAGACUAUCGACUCGAGAUCUACGGUGCCAUCGAUAAAUCUCCCGGGUACACAACCAACUGCCAGGAGAUCAUUGCUACCAAGUCUCUGCGCUACAACGUCUUCCUUCAAGGUGAGGCAGACCCGAUCAGCGUUCUUCAGAAGACUUGGCUAUUCCUAAAUUCCUCGAUUUCAGAAGGCCUUCCCCUAGCUCUCGGCGAAGCCGCCUUGACCGGCGCACCUAUCGUCUGUACAGAUGUCGGUGCUUCCCUCCGAGUACUCAAAGACCCCGACGACGGUUCGUGCUUCAGUGCAGUUGUCGCUCCCAACGAUGCCCUCGCCAUGGCACGCGCACAAAUCAAGCUCCUCGCUCUUCUCGAAGAGUGGAGUGCGUACGCAGACUCCACAGCGAGCAGCGAAACAACGUCCGAUUCCUCAUUCCCCACCAACCCAACAUCAGAAGAUGUUGCUAGGAUUACGCAGCGCAUGUACGAACAAUCCGCUGCCCGUCGAGCCCUGGGCAUGAGAUCCCGGGCCAUCGUCCAGAAGUCCUUUAGCGGGGAGCGCUAUCUGCGCGAACACGAGCAGAUGCUGUGGAUUGGCAAAGCUCGCUACGAUAUGGCUCGCGCAAUGGUUUCUCGGCCAGUGACAUUGCUGCCAGCUCGAAGAGCUGUGCAGCUUGUUGAUCUGACUAGUGCAAAGGUGCAGGCCGGGCCGGGCGAGUCGCUACAGAUUCCCAGCCUGGCCUACGGGAUAAGUAGCGAGACGCCGAGUAUGGCGACUGACUUUACGCCUGGGACUGGAAUCGAGGCGAGACUGCAGAUUGCGGAGCAGGAGGUGAUUAAGAGUCCGGGGAGGGCGGUGGUGAAGAUUGUUGAGGUGGGACACCGGCGGCAGGAUAGUGUGAUGAGUGGAUCUGGCCAAAAUUGGGUUUAA